AUGGGGAAGCGGCGGGAGGCAGCCGCGCUGGAGACGACGCCGGACCUCGCCUUUAUCAAGAAGGGCUACCUCAACAUGCUCAUUCACACCAGCAAGGAGGGGGAACGGACGACGGUGCCGGUUGACUCGCUAGCGUUUCUCGAGGACCCUCGCGUCGUGCGGAGUCGCUCCAUGGACCAGGUGAACUUUCACCGUGAGUGCGUCUUCAAGGCCACGCUGGAGUUUGUGGAGCCGGUGAUGUGCUUGGAGGAGACGGCGGUGCGGGAGUCGACGGACUGGGUGCUCUGCUCCUGCGGAGGGCAUGCGGCGUUUUACUCCCCCGUGGAGCAGAGGCUGGUGCUGCAGCAAUGUGUAGUGUGUCUGCAGAGCAACGUGCCGGAGCUGGUCGAUCCCUUCGUUCUUGUGCUGUAUCUUGAGGGGGGCCACUGGCUGGUGGAGCGGGUGCUGCGGUGA